GAUAUAUUUUUUUCCUUCUUUUCAUUCGAACAACUCGUACCACUAAUCACGAUCACCCAUCACUAGCCAGCCACAGCAAUUUUCUUAGUAGUGAAGGAGAACGGCCGACGAGCGGAGUUGCACCAACAGCAGCAGCAGCUAGUGGAUACAUUUUUUUCUCCGUUGAACAUUUACCAUACAAACCCGCUGGCAAAAUGGCCCUGAGCGACGCAGAUGUCCAAAAGCAGAUCAAGCACAUGAUGGCCUUCAUCGAGCAGGAGGCCAACGAAAAGGCGGAAGAAAUUGACGCCAAGGCCGAGGAGGAGUUCAACAUCGAGAAGGGUCGCCUGGUACAGCAGCAGCGCCUGAAGAUCAUGGAGUACUAUGAAAAGAAGGAAAAGCAGGUUGAGCUGCAGAAGAAGAUCCAAUCUUCGAACAUGCUGAACCAGGCCCGUCUCAAGGUGCUCAAGGUACGUGAAGAUCACGUAGGAGGCGUGCUCGAAGAAUGCAGACGUCGGCUGGGAGAGGUCACCCGUGACCCGGCUCGCUACGGUGAGAUUCUCUCCGCACUCAUCACUCAGGGACUGCUGCAGCUUAUGGAACCCAAUGUGAUCAUUCGUGGACGCCAGAUUGACGCCCAACUGAUCCAGAACAUUCUGCCAUCGGCUGUGGAGGCCUACAAGAAUCCCUCUGGCAAGGACGUUGUCGUCACUCUGGACACUGAAAACUAUCUGCCAGCUAAUGCCACUGGAGGAGUCGAACUGAUUACACAUGGCUCCCGUAUCAAGGUCGCUAACACGUUGGAGUCUCGAUUGGAGCUGAUCGCCCAGCAACUGGUACCCGAGAUCCGUAAUUCUCUGUUCGGUCGUAACACCAACCGCAAGUUUACCGACUAAGCAGCAGUCCUACGUUCGCUUCAUCACACGUACCCCGUGUUUUUUGUCUUUAUUUUCGCCGUUUCCUUAUUUUAAAAGAAUUUCCAGGCAACCUACAAUGAAAACGAAAACAAAAAAUAUGUAGGCAGCACACCAUCGCUGUCGAAAUUCUUAAGAUCCUACUAAAUUCUUCAGACGUUAAGGUCAGUUCCACCAGACUUAAUACUUACUAUCAUAAAGACAACGUAAUGCAAACUUAAUUGGCAAUCGAACCCGUCCUCGGGUAGGUCCUUGCUGUGUUCGAAAGAUAAAUUGCUACUCAAAACCGUUUACUGUUGAAGGACCCGGAAUAACAUCUACUGGGUACCCCAGAAUAACACCUACUGGGGAUCCCAGAACAACAUCUACUGGGAUUCUUGAAAACCUUUAUGCGACCAACUCGUGGUAGCCGGCUCGAUUACCACCAUACAUAUUUUCCUGGUGCCGAUUUGUAGGUUUCUGGUAUUCUAAGAUUUUUUGUUUUUUUUGCGUUAAAUUUCUCUCGAUUUUUUAUUCAACUAGUUUGUACACAAUUUGUUAACAUGUUAAUUGAAAUCAUUUUUGAUUAGUGCUCUUAAGACAAGUAAAAAGCGUUGUAUAGUAAGGAUAAUCAGUUACGGAAACCGUGUUCGCAUUAAAGGGUAUGCAAAACAAAUUGAACGUUCUACUAAUAUACUACUACUGAAGCAAAAACACUAGGUGAAAACAUUCCUUCGUCAGGUUAAAAUUUGGCACUGUUGCAAUAGAAACAAAUGAUUUCUUUAUUAUCAAUUAAAAAGUAUUGCUUCGGUUUGAUAAAGCUUCCAGUCCUCUAAUUCGUAUCCAAAGAAAACAAAGAAAAUUUAUUGAACCUCUCGUCAUUUCGGUAGAUUUAGAUAAGCGAUUGAUUGUUAAUUCAAUAUUCGGCACCUUUUGCCUCAGCAUCUUGCUUCCCGUACACCAAAUUUCCAACGAUUAGAAAUUCAGAUAUUUGCUGAAUGUUGAAGCAACGGCGGGGUUUCGAACAUUGAAUUUAUUCCCCAUUCGCCGGACACAAAUUAGUGUGUGUGUCGUUUCAAACCCGCCAUCUGUAACGUAUCGGUGUGUUCGUGUUCUCCAGCAAGGCCAUCUGUUGGUUAUGGGGUGAAUUAAAGGAUGGAACAGCACAAAUUUCACAACUUAUGUAUUCAAACCGAUUCUUCUCAAUUGAUUAUGGAAUUUUUUUUUUCUGCUCCAUUCUCGUUUUCUUCUUUACACAACAAAAAAUAAAUAAAGAAAUCAGUAUUGCUUCAAUCUACUUCUUAUCUUUUCUUCAGUUUUAAAUCAAACAGAAGCAAACAAAGUUUUAAAAUCAUGAAAUAAUUAGACUUAAACUAAGAUAAUGCUAGCAACAAGAAAAGUAUAUAAAAGAUAAUAUAAUUAAUAUAUAGAAAUUGUUGUAAUCGUAAUGGAUAUAAAUAUUAGUUAAACUAUGAAACUUAAAAUUGAACACUUGAUCAAUAAUACAUCAUCAAAGGAAAACGUAGCUUACCGAGAUCAAAAGCUACACAAACAGUAGUUUGGGAGAUGCUUUCCUUGAAAUACAAUACAAAAAAAAAGUUACAAACAUACAUCCACACAUGCAUCAAACCGGAAUUUUCUUGUUAAGCCGAACGUCGUCAAUCGUUUGGAUGUUUACGUUUCUGUCACAGUAACACAACUGUCAAGCCAGCAUACCAACAAGCAAAUCUGUAGAUACCUUCAGGUUAUUAGUUGAUCUAGUUGAUAACAAAAUUACUUAAAAUUUUAACCACCAAAAUUAGGGACAGUAAAUAGGAUGACAAAUGAACGAUUGGAGAAUAGUUCCAAAUUAAUUCUUGACGUUUAUUACUAACCUUUCCACAAAAACACACGUGCAAACAAGAAAAAAUCAUCAAAAAUCAGAAGAACAACAUAUUUAAUCGAGCUAUUGUAUGGAAGAAUGAACCAGCGGUGUAAAACUAUGUAACAGGACAAACAUCGAUAAAUAAAGAAAAA